UUCAGCAAGAUGGCGGCUUUCUUGAGCGACCUGGAACACGCGGCGCAGUUGAUAAUGGCCCCGCCCGCCUUGGUAAGCAAGGAACAACGUCAGUCUGCCGAGCACGUCAUCUUGGCCUUCAGGAAGUCGAAGGCUCCCUUUGCGGCCUGCAGACACAUUCUAGAGCACAGCAAGGCAGACUACGUGCUGUUCCAGGCGGCAUCCACCAUCAAGGAGGCAGCAGUGCGGGAGUGGCUGCUGCUGAACCGGAAGGAGAUUGAAUCCAUGCAGACAUUCCUCCUCAAGUACGUCAUGCAGAAUGCAAAGCUUCCAAACUACGUCCGUGAGCAGAUUCUUCAGGCCGUGGCUGUCAUCUUCAAGCGGGGAACCAUGGACAUGAAGGAUACCGGACGGGAUGCUCUCUUUACCGACGUGUCCCAGAUGAUCGCGAGCGGCCAACCACAACUGCAACUGAUGGCCUGCUCCAUGCUGACCGCUCUGCUGAACGAGUACUCCAGCUCCAGCCGCACCAGCGCCAUCGGGCUCAGCUGGGAAUUCCACAACGACUGCAAGCGGCUGUUUGAGGUCAAAGAUCUGAAGCGAGUCUUCCUCUUUGCUGUCCAAGUCCUUCACCAGUUUGAGGCCAACCAUGCCGCCUUGGGCCAGGAAGCCACCACCGUGUGUAGCCGGUUCCUGUCGAUAGCGGAACAGGUUCUCAGUUGGGAUUUCAUGCUUGUCAGACCUACUAGAAGGCGGAUCGGCAUCUUUGAGGCCCUUCAGGCGCCCCCCCUCAAACCCGACGCUAGCUGGAAGGAUGUCCUUCUCGAUAAGGGAUUGCUGGAGCUGUUCUUCAAACUCCACAGCAAGGUCCGACAGAACGUGGAGAUGUGCCACCACGCCCUGCAGUGCCUGGCCCAGCUGGCGUCGCUGAGCGGGCCGGUCCUGAGCUCGGACAAGGUAACAGCCGAGUAUCUCUCCCACUACGUCCAGUGCCUCCUGCAGAUGCUGAACAGCACUGCUCUGCAAGACCACGAAGCCAUCAGCAUAGCCACCAUCUUCAACAGUCUGGUCACCCGGUUCCCUCCCUCGGCACUCCUAGCCAUCCCCUCCGACCUCUUGACGUCCUUCGUCACCUGCGUGUCUUCCCUGACCUGCCUCUUCGGGAGGAAAGCGGCAUUAGAAGAAGCCAUGCACAAGGACGACCAGCAGUACAUGGAGGCUUAUGAUAAGCUCUUGGAAUGUUGGAUCAGCCUGUUGGAAAAUUCCUCCAAAUUUCCUGACGGCUACUUCAAGCCUCAUGCCUCCCAGAUCUUCAACCUGUACCUUCAGUGUCACCUGGGGGCACCGGAUGGCCUCCGCAAUCUGAGAGAAGACGGAGAGACGAGCGAUGAUGAAGAAGACAUCAACGAAGUGGAGGAGGAUGAUCGGGAGCUGUUUGAGGAGCAACUGAGCUGCAUCGGCGUCUUGGGGCGGGCCGUACCGGAGCACAGCAUUCCUCUUCUGUCAAAGAUUCUGGAGGACAGGGUCACCAGUCUACAGUCCCACCUGAUGAGGUUGCAGCACCACAGGACGGGAGCCACGUCCAGCCACAACCUGGACCUGGACAUGAAGCGACUGCAUUGUCUCUUUGAGGACCUGCACUGGCUGCUCCUCAUCACAGGGUUCAUCUUGGCCAAUGAGUCCAAGGGGGAAACGCCCAUGAUCCCUGCCGAGAUCAUGCAGUAUUCCAUCAGCCAAGCGUGCAAUGUGGACGUGCAGAAGAUGCUGCGCUUCUGGACGUCCUCGGCCGAUAUAGCUCAACCAAUCAUAGAUGACGAGAAAGUAGAUAGAGUCGUCAGAUUAAUAGCAGCCAUCUUACGAUUAGCAGAAGUCGAGAGGCAAGCGUCGUCAGAUUUUGCCGAAGUCCUCAGCCCCCAGGUUGGAAGGAGCACCGUCUGGUGUUUGAGACGAUGGCUCAUACCAUACCUACUGCUGCAUGAGAAGUAUUACUCAGAGAUAAGUCUUCCAAUCAACGCCGUCUUUGGCCAGGAUUCCCCCAGUGGUCAGUGGACAGUCAACUUCCUCCUGCAGAAGGUGGUGACCAAUCUCCUGGUGUGGUCGUCAGAGCAUGAACUGGCCAAGGACACCAUCGACCUGAUGGUGGCCCUGGUCAACCGAAAGGACAAGGCAAUUCCGGCCACACAGUGCGACAGCUACUGGGUCCUGGCCAAGCUUCACUCCUCCAAGCCCUCCAAGCUGGACACCCUGCCGCUGGACGUCCGGUCCAGCCUCAUGCAAGCCCUGGUCAUGGCCGGCUCCUGCAUACCGGACAAUACAGCCGAGAGGCAGCGCUUUGAGAAUGAGAUUCUGAACCCUGUCCAGAGUGCCUUCCGGGAGCUCCUCCACCGUGAGGACUUCGCCGGGCGGGCUCUAGUGGCUGAGGUCCAGGCCCAGGUGGCUCACCUCCUGUGCCUGCUGCGGGGCGUGGUCCUGGGGACGCAGGUCAACCGGGCCAGCGACCUCUUCACCUUCUGCCUGCCCAUGCUCCGGGACGGCGUCUCGCUCCUGCGCAUCUACCGAAACUACCCGGAGGUGGUGGAACAGGUGCUGGAGGUCUUUGUGGAGGUGGCCAUGCACCAGCUCUGUUUCCUCACCCAGGCUGAGUCUGUCAAGAUGUAUGAGGUGUCACUGGCCUUACUGCAGGCCUACUCUGAAGUCAACCUUGGCAGGACCAACCUGGGGGUCUUAGCCGAGGAGGAACAGUACCGAGACCUGUCUCUUAUGAUGGAGCUGCUCUCGAGUCUCUUCUCAAGGGACAUGUUUGUCUUUCUGGAUGACGGUAGGCACAUAGAGGACGUGAACAAUGCCAUUGAGUCCUCAGACAUCGUCCUCCACGGCUUAAACAUUGUGGUACCACUCAUGAAUGCCAACCUUCUGAAAUUUCCGAUCCUGUGUUCGGAAUACUUCAAGCUCAUCACAUUCAUCUGCGAGCUCUUCCCGGACAAGAUCUGCCUGCUGGCCGAGUCUCUCUUCAACAACUUCAUGGCCUCACUGGAGGUGGGCCUGACAGAGUACGGCGCGGACGUGACCAAGAUGUGCCUGGACGGGCUGGCCACACUGGCCGGCCACUGCGUGGAGAACCAGAUGACGGAGGGCGCCCUCUUCCAGGCCAUGAGGCACUUCACCGAGGUGGUCUUCAAGAUAGUUUUGAUGCAGACCUUCGACAUGGAGUUGAUAUCGUCGGCAGCUGAGGCUUUUUACUCUCUGAUAUGCUGUCAUCAGGCCAAGUAUACAGAGCUUGUCAACGUCCUGCUGGGCAGCCAAUCAGAUCCGGCCAUUUGCCAGCGCUUGGCUGAAGCCUUCAGCAAACUGACGCCGGCCGACGAGCCACUCCAGAUGUCCCGCAAGAACAAAGUGCAAUUCCUGAGCAGGCUGGAGACGUUCCUGUUCAACGUCCGAGGCUUUCUCUGUGUCAAGUGAGGAGGGAACCGACCACUACCAAAGCCACAGUGACAAAGAUUGUUGAUGUUUUUUUUUUUUUAAACGAAGCCAGUAUCGCUUUAUUGUUGAGAUUUACAGAGCUAGCAUACUGGAAAAUUGGUUUGGAUGAAAUAAAGCUGCUACAGGCAUCUCAACUCUUUCUGACAAUCGAGGGUCAGUACCCAGCUCAGUCUGGAACCAGUCUCUCAGUCAGUGGCUACACAAAGAGAGGCAAGCCAGAUCAAUCGCCUUGCUUGUGGACACCAGACCAGGCUGCAAUCUGAAAAAUAACAUUGCUCUGACAGUUCAGUCAUUGUGGAGGCGUCCACCGAGUAUUGAUGCAGAGCUCUGCUCUUCCUACGUCAGGCGUCAUACUCGACUCCGAUCCCAAGAUUUUGCUGUCGCAUUCCCACCCCCCCUCCCCUUGCUAUUACAGAUGCUCUUUGACCUUCGACCUUCUGGAUUUCAUACCGAGUGCAGACAGUCGGUAGAGACGUCACACAGUGUACCCUCAAAGAGGUUACGUUUGGUCACUUUUUAAAAUCAGAGGGGAAAUCUGAGGGGAACCAAGUCCAGCAGUGAGGGUAAGCUGUCUGCAUUUUAAGCAAUUUGGAAGCAACCUGUUCUCUGCGCAGAUCAAAUUUAAAAUCAACCUCCCUAGCUUUUCCCAAACGCCGUACACAUUCCAAAUGUUGUACAUGUAUUCCACAUGUGUUGCACGCAUUCCAGAUGUGGAACACAUUUUAAAUUUUGAAUUCCCUAGACAAAGACACUGUUCCUAUGUUAUUUGACUCCUUUGGAGACCUUCCGUCAUUAGGUAAGAGAUACCAAAAUCCACUUCGUCGUUAACAGCGGUUGAAAUAUGGGCCGGUCCUGUCCACCUUGAGCAGAAGAACCCCCGCUCAUUGGUUGAAAAGAGCCAUGUUGGUGGGGAGUGUUCAUUUUGUUGGUAGCCACGCAAACGUAACAACCGUGCAUCUCAUAGUCAUUGGUGAACCAGUGAAGUGCCAUUUCCACCAAAGGAGCCCUCUGUUGCUAGGCAAAUUGCGCCCUCUCUCGGUCCCGCUCGGGGCUCAAAAGUUUUUAGGUUGCUGGCAUGAAGCAUUCCCACACACACGACGAUGGCAUAUUUUGUUUAGACAAUUCAAAUUUGAGCAUUCAUUAGAGGCGUUUGCCCGUGGAUCUCGUAAUUUGGUCCAUAGACAAUAGGCAGUCGAAUACAUUGCGUCCAAAUUCCCAUUGUUGACUCUUUUCCUUCGUUGCAUGUUUGUAGCGAUUACUGUGCCAAAUUCUAUCAGUGAGUUUUUGUUUUUUAAGGCAUUUUGUCUCCAAAUCGUCCAUCACUAGCCAGUGAAUUAUGUACAUUGAGUAUGAAAAAUCAUGCAAUAAAUUAAGAUAUGUAUGUGUAUUGUCUGACCCAAAAUUGGAGCUGGGGCAGAGAUUUUAUUUAGUAAUUUUUAAUCUUUCUUGUCGUAGGCAAAAUGUCUCAUCGCAUGACCUUUGAUUUACAAAUCGGCUUUAUAAAGAGGUAAUUAUAUAAAUUAGGGUCCAAUUUUUUUCACCCUGUCACAACUGGAUGUAUUGCUUUGUUAGUUCAGGACACACAUUCUUUAAUUUCCACGAGUCAUAAUGCAAAUUACCUGCCAAAUAAACUGACUAUAGUUUGAAGUCGGUUUAAAUAACAUUUCCAAGUCAAGUGUAACUUGGACACCAGAUAUGUCACGCAUCCGGACCCUUAAUUUAUAGAAUUACACAUAUGUUGAAUUCUUAAAGAUGUAUGCCCCAUUGUGAAAUCGAAAAAAAAUCAGUUUUUUAUUAACUGAAAAACCAUGUUCAGAAAGUUGAAUGGACUUUAUUUUUCACCAUUGCCGCCCCACCCUAGGAAAAAAAUGACCAGUUAUAUUUAUUUUUACUUUUUGGCAACUGUAAUUGUUUUUUGUAUAAAAUUGUA